GGAAGCAGAAGCAGGAUGGGACGUGCGUGAUGUUGUAGCGGAAUAGCGGGGCCCCUGGAAUCACCACCCUACUGCUCAUCAUAAAAAUGGAUCUACAGAGCCAUGCACAGAUGUUUGAAGCCCAUAUUCAGGGAUACAAAGGCGAUGAUCCACUUGAUCUUUGGGAAAGGUAUGUACUUUGGGCAGAAGAAACUCUCCCCCCACAAGAGAAGCAGAACAUUUUUUGUUUGCUUGAGCGUCUAGUUAGAAACUUCAUAGGAGACAAAAGAUACAGCAAUGAUGAGCGAUAUCUGAAGUACUGCAUCAGAUUUGCUGAAACUAUCAAUGAGCCAGCACAAUACUUUGAGUACCUAUAUAACCAAGGCAUCGGCCAUCAGUCUGCCCCUCUGUACGUGACAUGGGCUCAGUUGCUAGAGACACAAGGAGACCUGCAAGGUGCCAGUACUCUGUAUCAGAAGGCAAUUCACAGCCAUGCAAAACCUAAAGAAAUCCUGGACCAGCACUUCAGAGCAUUCCAGAUCAGGGUCUCUCAAGCAAAUAUGCAAAAUCAUGGUGCCCUUGUGGAACCCCUCAGGAAUUCUCAGAUUUUAAAUCAAAUGAACUCUACUUCAUCAAAUGUGGAUCAAUUAUCUCUUGCCAAAUGUGAGAGUUCUGCUCCUUCACAAAUUCACACUUCUCAAGAAUCUGCAUGUGAUGUUGAUAGAAGUGGGAAUAAAUGGGUCACCAUCUCCAAGUCAGCUGUGGUUCCACAGCCUGCUAAAUCUGUGGGUGUGGAAGUUAAACAGGUUCCUAUGUACUGUAAGGAUAAGCUGGUCUGUUCCGAUUCUGAGCUUUCGUUUGAGGAAUUCCGAGCAAAUAUAUACAAAAAGAAAUGUGAGCAGCGCAAAAAGAUGCAGCAGUGGGAGGAAGAAGAAAGGAAAUACAAGAAGGUUAAGGAGGAAGCUUCUCUCCAGGAACAACUCUUAAAGCAGAAGAUGGAGCAGCUGAGCAGCCUGCUGAAUGUCCAGGGAAGGCAGGAUGUGCUGCCCCAAAGCACCGCUAGGCAAUUGCCUGAGGUCCCCCAGACAAUAACUAGCAAUGUUUCUAUAGCUAGUGGGUUGAAAAUUUCAAAUCUUCCAGAGGCAGAAACGCAAGCAUCCAGUGUAAAAGAUGAUCCAAUAAUUUUGCCUAGCUCUCAUGUAGCAUGUCCUUCUGUGCCACAAAUGGCUCCUUUUGGGAGAAAUGAGUGCAGCCCUGCUCCUGAAGAGUGCAUGCUUCCUCCAAUGGAUCAGAACUCUAUUCUUUGUAAAGCAGCAUCAAAUGUUCCAAGAGCUCAUAUUGCUGAACAAAGUAUCCUGAGCAAACAGCAAUCUAAUCUUGAUAGAUCAACAGCGACUGUUCUUGAGAUGUCUAAGCAAAUAUGUCCAGACACAAGUACACAAGGUCUCAGAUUUCAGCCUGGAAAAAAGGAAGCUGCUGCACCUGGAAACUUAUCUGGAUAUUUAGCAAACACAUCGCAUGUAACUCCCAACACUUCUCUAGGCUUGGUGCAGGCCACUCCAUCCAAAGUACUGCCUUCACCCACUGUCAAUACUAAGGAAGCGCUUGGUUUCAUAAUGGACAUCUUCCAAACAUCCACGCUCCCAGAUAAUGUGGAAGAGGAGGAAGAAACGCAAGAUGAAAAUGAUCAGGAGUUUGAAGCCUUUUGCAGAAAUGACUACAAAACUAAUUCUAACACUGUUGGUUUCCUGGGACUGCAGAAUGUUGCCCCUGCAUUGCCAUCUGCCUUCUGCAUCUUUGAAGACAAUGUUAACAAAGUGAAUGACUUACAGAGCAAACCAGUAGAAGUAAAAACACUCCGCGAACGCCCUGUGCUGAGGCCUCCUUUGAAAUCUAAUGAGGAGGUCAAGGCAGCAGAGUCCUUGGUAGAUGACUGCACAGUGUGGGCUGUGCGAUGCAACAAAACUCUAGCCCCCAGUCCAAACAGCACAGGUGAUUUUGCUCUGGCGGCCCGACUUGCAUCUACUCCUGCCAACAAGCAGACAGAGUCAACAUGGCAGACCGUGGAGGAUAAAGAGAAUGUAAUUGCUGACAGUGUUGUGCAUACUGUUUUUGACUUUGCUGAGGAUAAAGUAAUUCAAGUCUCCAAAUCCCGUAAGCUAAGUCCUAUACAAGAACAAAGCCCAGAGCAUUCCAAAAUCCAUGGGCCAGUACAGUCUCCUUCAUGCACCAUUCUGCCUGCUGAAUCUCCAGCAGCUAAGUUUCUGUCUGAAGAUGUGGAGCAGACUGGCCAGAAACUGGCAGCAUGCAAACUGUCAGACACAUUGCACCAACCUGUACUGGGAAGCCUGGAAGAUCCCUGGGGGAUAACAACACAAAUGCUGGAUGCUCAUGAAGAAGAACCAACAGAAACAAUUGUUAAUGCUCCACCUGAACUGGUUAUUAUUGAAAAUGCAUGGGAUGAUAAACUGAUCGACCGUCUCCUGUCUGAACUGCCUAAAUCACUUAGUUCCCACGAAAAUUACUAUCAGUGGCACACAAUGGUUCCUGUUUUGAAACCCAAGAUGGAAGUGAAGCUGGGAUCCAGUUCUUUUUAUAUUGAUUAUCUGCUUGGGGAAGGAGCAUUUGCGAAUGUCUAUCAGGCAUCAUUGUUGGGUAAUCAGAAAGUUAUAUUAAAGGUUCAAAAGCCAGCCAAGCCAUGGGAGUUCUACAUUGGAACACAGAUAAGAGAGAGGAUAAAGCCAGAAUUAAGGCAUCUAUUUAUAGGCUUCCAGGCUGCACAUCUGUUUGAUAAUGGAAGUGUGCUGGUUGGUGAUCUGUACAACUAUGGCUCACUUCUGAAUGCCAUCAAUUUGUACAAGAAGCUGAGUGAGAAAGUCAUGCCAGCACCACUAGUCAUGUACUUUGCCAUCAACAUUCUGUACAUGGUGGAACAGCUCCAUGACAUUGGCAUUAUCCAUGGAGACAUCAAGCCUGAUAACUUUGCAAUUGGUGAAAGGUUUCUGGAGAACGAAUCCUGCAGCCUUGAUUUCGUUUCUCAUGGUCUUGCACUGAUUGAUCUGGGUCAGAGCAUAGAUAUGACUCUCUUCCCUAAAGGAACUGCUUUUACUGGAAAGUGUGAGACUUCUUGCUUUCAGUGCACUGAAAUGCUGACUAAAAAGCCAUGGAACUAUCAGACUGACUACUUUGGAGUGGCUGGGACAGUUUACUGUAUGAUGUUUGGGAAUUAUAUGAAAGUGAAGAACGAGCAAGGAGUCUGGAAACCAGAUGGCACUUUUAAAAGAUACCAACAUGGGGGGGUUUGGAUGGAGUUUUUCCACACAUUAUUGAACGUCCCUGAUUGUCACAGUCCUUCCCCCCUCCGAGCCCUUCGGAAAAAGCUUAUGUCCACCUUCACGCUGUACACCAACAAGAUCAAAUCGUUCCGCAACAGACUUAUCAUCCUGCUUUUAGAGAACAAGCCUUCCCGUAAAUAGACUUUUAAAUCCAAGCUCGAUACUUUGUGUAGGUUUUAUGGAAAUGUAUGGAAGUACCUACUCAACUGGGUGGCCUUUGGAAUAAGAGGUUGAAAAACAGAAUAUUUUCCAGUUCUUCAGGAUUAAAUAAAGAUAAAUCUGCAGUAAUUCCUGCAAGAAGGAAAGGCCUAAUACAAUGCAAUACAUUCAAACGGUCCAGACUUCGUAGUAGUAGUGUGUGCAAACGGCACACUUUUUGGAUUUGGAUUCCAGCCAAUCUGUUCACAGUUUGUAUUGUAUUCCUAGUUAAGUAGCGGGCUCGCACUUGCCUUGAUUAGAUCCUGCCUGUGUAUUAGGCAGAAAGUAUUGUAUGUGGUGCAUCCAUAUUUUUAUUUUGUAAUAUUCUGUACAUAUUUCGUUUUUUGCGGGGAUAAAAAAAAAAA